GCAGAAAGAAACAUUUAAAAAAGAAAAAAAAAUACAUGGGCCCAAACCCGGCCCAAAAAUGUAAUAAGGAACCGAAGACCCAUUUGAUUCAUAUAAAUUCUCUGUCGUCUUAACGCAGCUUCUCUGAUUAGGGUUUGCGACUUCUUCUGCUAAAAUGGGUAAGGGAACAGGUAGUUUCGGUAAGAGAAGGAACAAGACCCACACACUCUGUGUUAGGUGUGGCCGUCGCAGUUUCCAUCUCCAGAAGAGUCGCUGCUCAGCAUGUGCUUACCCAGCUGCACGUGUCAGGAAAUAUAACUGGAGUGUUAAGGCUAUUAGGAGAAAGACUACCGGGAGUGGUAGGAUGAGGUACUUGCGUAAUGUGCCCCGCAGAUUCAAGAGCGGUUUCAGAGAAGGUACUGAAGCUGCACCCAGGAAGAAGGGAGCAGCUGCUUCUGCCUAAGCCUUAUAUUAUAGCAGUGGAGUUAUUUUUGUGCUGGAUAAUUGAUCUUUUGAAACAUUACUCUAUUUUUAGUUUUCAUUUCCCUCUUUUAAUAUGUAACUGCAUUAUGUUUCAGAAUGAGGAUAGUAUGACAUUUUGUUGUUCAAUGAGAAUUUUUGAGUUGGAUAUGUCUUGCAAAUGAAUAGGAUUAUGAUUUACUGUUUUCUGCAUGAUGACUCCUAGAAAAUUGCACUUUGCUGAGUUACGGUUUGGGUAAACCAGUUGAAUGUUUUGGUGUGUUUGUCAAGUUGAGUUAAAUGGAUUGCAUUGUUGAUA